GGGGUUUCCUGGCCGGGCAGCACGGGCGGGGCGGAGGAGGGGGGGAAGGUUAACCGCGCCCAGGCUCUCGCUUCCCGAUGGCUGCGGGGAGCUGAGCGGGCACCCAGCGCGCAAGGAGGAGUCGAGACCCAGCGACACCCCCCUCCCCCGCGACUCUCUCCUUCCGACUCGGCUCCCCGGCCGGCGCUGCUGCCUUCCCGGGACCCGCCGGGCAGAGCGCGGGCUGCUCCCCUUCUCCUCCGCCCCCUCCUCCUUCUCCUCCGCCCCCCUUUCCCCUCCCCAGGCCGGCGGGACGCGGGCAGGAGCCGCGGGCGACGGACGUACCGGCCCGGUUAAUGAGCAGCGGCCGGAAGGGCAGAAUUUACAUGUUUGACAGCAGAAGUUGGCUUUCUACUGCAGUGAGAGGAAAUAUUUCUGGUUGUUUCAGAGGUGGCAGUGAAGCACACCUUUAGCACAGGAAAAUGAGUGAGCUCGACCAGUUACGCCAGGAGGCUGAGCAACUGAAAAACCAAAUCAGAGAUGCUAGGAAAGCAUGUGCAGAUGCCACCCUGGCUCAGAUCACAGCCAAUAUUGACCCAGUGGGGAGAAUUCAGAUGCGCACUAGAAGAACACUGCGGGGACACCUGGCUAAAAUUUAUGCAAUGCAUUGGGGGACUGAUUCCAGGCUUCUAGUUAGUGCCUCCCAGGAUGGCAAACUUAUAAUUUGGGACAGCUAUACUACAAACAAGGUGCAUGCUAUUCCCCUGCGCUCGUCCUGGGUGAUGACUUGUGCAUAUGCUCCUUCUGGAAAUUAUGUGGCUUGUGGUGGUCUUGAUAACAUCUGUUCCAUUUAUAACUUGAAAACUCGUGAAGGGAAUGUACGUGUCAGCCGUGAACUAGCUGGUCACACAGGAUACUUGUCAUGCUGUCGCUUCUUGGAUGAUAAUCAAAUUGUUACCAGCUCUGGCGACACCACUUGUGCUCUCUGGGACAUAGAAACUGGUCAGCAGACAACUACAUUUACUGGGCACACUGGAGAUGUCAUGAGUUUGUCCCUUGCUCCUGAUGCCCGGUGUUUUGUUUCUGGUGCCUGUGAUGCCUCUGCCAAACUGUGGGAUGUUAGAGAAGGAAUGUGCCGGCAAACCUUCACUGGCCACGAGUCGGACAUCAAUGCCAUCUGUUUCUUCCCAAAUGGCAAUGCAUUUGCCACAGGCUCGGAUGAUGCUACCUGCAGGCUCUUUGAUCUUCGGGCUGAUCAGGAACUCAUGGUUUAUUCACACGACAACAUCAUCUGUGGCAUCACCUCCGUAGCAUUUUCCAAGAGUGGACGUCUGCUCCUAGCUGGUUAUGACGACUUCAACUGCAAUGUCUGGGACACGCUGAAAGCUGAUAGAGCAGGUGUCCUUGCUGGUCAUGAUAACCGUGUCAGUUGCUUAGGUGUGACUGACGAUGGUAUGGCAGUGGCAACAGGGUCAUGGGACAGCUUCCUCAAGAUCUGGAACUGAAGUAGAGUGCCGGACUCCAUGACUGGAAGAAGUUUCCCAACGGUUGAAAAUUUAAACAAACAAAACAAACAAAACAAAACAAAACAAAAAGAUGAUAGCAUAUCCAAUCCAACCAUACUAACUUGGACCCCCAUCCUCCCCAACUUCAAAGGGCAAGAUCUUUUCCGUCUCCUGUUGCUGAAAUGAAGAGCACAAUUACCUUUCCAAGAAGAAUUUCUGUGUUGUAAGCAAAAUGAAAUUGUGCAUUCCUUUUGGGACCAUUACUUUUUAUUUUUUUGGUGGUUGUUCCUUUUGUUUUGUGGGUGUGUAAUUUUUUUUUUCUUUUCUUUUUUUUUUUUUUUUGUUUUCCUCCUCCUCUUUUUUUUUUGUCUUGAGAGUUUAAAAAUGAAACACUAUCAUAAAAGCAUGACCAGAAAAUAAACUUGAGCAUAAUUGUGAAACAGUUUAGCUUUUCACCGUAGUUUCCAAGUCGAAGUUAAGGACUUGUAGCUCACACACUUGCAAAUUUUAAAGUCAUGUUUCUAGCAGGGUUUUUUUCUUUUCCAAGUUUCCUUUUGAAAUACAUUUCUUUGUGUAUUUAAUUGAGCAAAACAAGGGAGUCCUAGCCCAGAGCACCUGGGAGUUGUUAACUCUGUAAAUUUAGUCCCUCCUUUUUUUUUUGGCUGUUUAUUUUCUAGUAUCACAGAUAAUUGUUGCACAAAACUUGGCAUAUAUAGGAUAAUGUUAAGCAGUAAGGUAACCAAGCACAUGCUGUAAAAGGUAAUGAAUGCUUGUUUAAAGAAUCCUUUCACCUUUUAUGGAUAACAAAUGCAAUCCUUGGUCCCUCCUGCCCCCCCUCCCCCCCAACUUUUUUUCACCACACUGAUUUUUUUAAUCUCUUUUGGUUUUGUCCACUUGAAAGGGCAGUUUAUAUAUCCUAACACUAUCCUCUAAGUCUCAACAACCAGGAAUCUCUGUUUUCAAAAGAGACCUAUCCUACACUUGGGGUAUCGAGUCAAUUCUUUGUGUAUGAAACGAUGUACAAAUCAAUGUUUUGAAAAUAAUGAUCUUGAACUUUCUAAGUUAAAACAGAAAACAAAAAAAUAAACCUUUUUUUGAUUGUUUGCCAUAUUGGGUGGGUUUACUCUUAGAAAUCGCAUGCUGUAGAAAUGCUAAACAAGUGCAUAUUGGACUAAGUCCUUCGAUGUUUUUUCUUUGGAGAAAUAACCUGUUUAAAAACUGUAACCAUUGUCGCUGUAUUCAUUUAUUGUUGCUACUCUGUGCAUAAAUCUAUGAAGAACUCAAGUACCAAGCUAUGCACGUUUUGGAGUAGCGUGAGAAGUCACUUUUUUUAUUGGGUUGUUGUUGGUUUUUUUUUUUCUCUUUCCUUUUUGGUUUUCUUUUUCUGGUUGUUUUUUUUUUUUUGGGUUUUGUUUGUUUGUUUUGGGGUUUUGGUUUGUUUGGUGUUUGUUUUUUUUUUAAAGAAACAGCCUGUUCAAACAAUCGCUGUCAAAAGAUUCUGGGGUGUGGGAGGAGGGAACCUUAAGACCAUCUUCUUUAUAAACCAAACGAAAUCAGUUCCUCACAGCCAGUUGUUCCUCUUGUAAGGAUGAGUCCUUUGCAUCUGAUCAGAGUCAUUUUUGUAACGAGCAGGUUUUCCUGGCUUUUCUUUUCAAAUAAAAUGUUAAAAGCAGCAGUGUUUGGACAGCAGAUUGUUCUGUUAAACUUUCCUAUCUUCUCACUGUAUCCAGAAAUGCUCCUUCCUAGCAGCAGUAGUAGCUUUUCUCCAUUUUGUUUUUUCUGCAACAUUCUGUACAAAAAUGUGCUGUAAUUGUGCGUUAGGCCUGGAUUUGGCAUAAAAGAUGAAUUCCCUCUUACUCUUUCAUGAAACUACUCUGUAGAGCUUUCUCCACGCCCUGUAUCCCUCUUCACCUUUUGUAUUUAAUUUUCAAGUCAGUGUACUUCAAGAAAGCUGGAUGCAAGAUAGAUACUAUAUUAAAAUGUAAUGUUAUUUAAGAUGUAAUAAAGCAGUUUGACAUGA